UUUGUGGCAACAUUGGUUAAGAAUAUGCUGCUGUUUGAUCUUGGCAUGUGUAUAGCGAUUCCCGGUAUCAUAAUCCCAGCUUUAACGGGCAUUACAAAUGAGUUCAACCGAAAUGAAUAUCUUUCACUCACACCGUCUCAAGUAUCGUGGCUGGGGAGCGUUAAUUAUGUCGUUGAGCCGCUUGGCAGCGUUUUGUCCGCCAUAAUCACGGAUGCCUUAGGUCGAAAGCGAACGAUGAUGCUGGUGAAUAUCCCUUUAAUCAUUGCCUGGUUCAUGAUGUACAAUGCAACGAGCGUCACUGAGAUUUUUGUUGCCGAUGUGCUGCUUGGACUAGGUGUUGGACUCAUGGAAUCGCCUAUCAUCACUUAUAUUGGUGAAAUUUGUUCACCUUCAUUGCGCGGCGUUCUGUUGGCUUACUCAAACAUAGCUGGCACGCUUGGAAUGUUCUUUGUUCUCAUUUUAAACACUUUGAUGCCAUGGAGAAUUGUCGGUUUGGUCUGCAUGUUCGUGCCGAUCGGAACAAUCGUUGCGCUUUGUUUUGUUCCUGAAACACCGAUGUGGCUUUUAUCAAAGAAUCGAACGGCUGAAGCUGAAAAAUCUCUAUGCUGGCUCCGUGGCUGGGUUCCGAAAGAAAAGAUUGCUAAAGAAUUUGAGGCCAUGCAACACUACAGCGAUCGUACGAAGUUCUGUAACUCUUGCAUCAAGCAGAACCUGAAGUGCACCCAUCCACCGCCGACGAAGAUAGAAAAAUUGAAAGAGUUGAAGCGGAAGCAUACGAUGAAGCCAUUUUUCAUUGUAAUGUCACUCUUUUUCAUUGCACAAUUCUCCGGUAUAUUAGCGAUGACUCCAUUCAUUGUGCAGAUAUUCAAAGCGUACGAAAGCCCGAUUGCACCAGAUCGCACGGCCGCUAUUCAGAGUUUUGUGAAUAACAUAGCAAACAUUAGCUUUUUGUGCUUAGUAAAAUUUACCGGCAAACGAAAGUUGUAUCUCACAAUGUUAACGGGUGUAUUUCUUUGCGCAGCAAUUGUUGCUGGGUACGGUUUCCUAGUGCUGCCGAGUGGUUACAAUUCAUUCGAUCAAUCGCAGCAUUUCUCACUGGAAAAUCAAAGUCUCGCCUACAUCCCAUUCAUUGCCAUUUUCGUGUGGAGUUUCUGCUCGUAUUGUGGUGUUAAUUCUUUGGCUUGGCAACUGCUAUCCGAAGUCUUUCCCUACAAAACUCGCGGUGCAGCGACUGGAUUGACGGCCGCCCUGAACUAUGUACUUUGUUUUAUUAGCACGAAAAUUUAUUACAAUUUGGAAAUGAUGUUCUCAUUGCCCGGUGUGGCAUUGUUCAAUUGCAUCAUUAUAGCCGGCGGACUGAUUUUGAUGUACAAAAUUCUUCCGGAAACCGAGAAUCGAUCGCUCGAAGACAUCGAGAUGCAUUUUGUUGACAAUUCCAAGAA